AUGGUGAAGAAGGCAAACGGGAAUUGGCGGAUGUGUGUAGACUUCACAGACCUCAAUAGAGCUUGCACCAAAGACAGCUACCCGCUCCCACGGAUAGACACCCUGGUGGAUUCAACUGCAAGACAUCAGCUCCUAAGCUUCAUAGACGCCUUCUCGGGCUACAACCAAACCCGGAUGGAUGUAUCUGAUCAAGAAAAAACCUCCUUCGUCACCAGCCAGGGAUUAUUCUGCUACAAGAUAGGCAGGAAUGUUCAGGUUUACGUUGACGACAUGUUAGUCAAAAGCCUGCGCGAGAAAGAUCAUCUAGACGACCUCCGAGAAACAUUCAACACACUUCGGUCAUUCAGCAUGAAGCUAAAUCCGAGCAAGUGCGCGUUCGGAGUCACGGCGGGAAAGUUCCUGGGUUUUAUGGUGUCCCAGAGAGGGAUAGAAGUCAACCCGAAGAAGGUACGGGUCAUAAUGGAGUUAGAACCCCCGAGGACGGUCAAGGAAGUCCAGAGUUUAAAUGGAAAGAUUGCGGCCCUAAACAGAUUCGUCUCAAGGGCAACAGACAGGUGCUUACCAUUCUUCCGAACCCUAAGAAAGUCAUUUGAGUGGACGAAUGAGUGCCAAGCGGCCUUCAACGACUUAAAGGCGUAUCUCUCAUCUCCUCUAUUACUCAGUCCUUCCGUGCAAGGUGAAGAACUCUACCUUUACUUAGCAGUCUCGCAUGCCGCAGUAAGCGCAGCUUUAGUAAGGGAGGAGGAAGGGAUACAAAAACCUGUCUAUUUUACCAGCCGUGCACUCCGUGGUGCAGAGGAGAGGUACCCCCAGAUGGAGAAGUGGGCUUUCGCACUAGUAAUAGCUGCGCGGAGACUUAAGCCGUACUUCCAGGCACACACAAUCAUUGUCUUAACAGACAAGCCACUAAGGAAAGCUAUGAACAGCCCGGAAGCAGCAGGAAGAAUGGCCUUGUGGGCAAUAGAGCUAAGCGAGUUCGACAUUCAGUACCGCCCACGGACGGCUAUGAAAGGACAAGCAGUAGCUAACUUCAUCGCCGAAUUUACACUCGGGGAGGACCAAUUGGAAGAAGUAAAGGAACAGUGGAAAAUCUACACAGACGGGUCCUCAAACAGGCGAGCCGGAGGAGCUGGGGUCGUAAUACAAACUCCGCAGGGAGACACGAUACGAUGCAGGAUCCGCCUGGAUUUUCCAAUAACCAACAACGAGGCAGAGUAUGAGGCCUUGGUGGCGGGACUAGACCUCGCAAAAGCCGCAGGAGCGGAGAACGUAAUUGUCCAUUGCGAUUCGCAAGUGGUAACAAGUCAGAUCAAUGGCGACUACGAAUGCAAGAACGAUAGAAUGAAGAAAUACUUGGAAGAAGUGAAGUACCGGACCAACAGUAUCAAAGUCGAAUUCGUUCAAAUCCCGAGGGAAGAGAACGGGUGGGCUGACCAACUAGCAAAAUCUGCAUCAGCCGAGUUCGUAGUGGUCCCCGAACAGGUAUUGUCAUUCAUGCAAACAUCCUCAUUAAUCGAUAACGAAACAAACAUGCAGGUUGAGGACUCUGGGGGUGACUGGACUACGCCAUUGAUCGCCUACCUAAAGGCCGGGGUGUUACCGGAUGAGAAAGGUGCUGCCAGAAAAUUGAAGGUCCAGGCAUCACGAUUCGUGCUGAUAAAAGACAUCUUAUAUAAAAGAGGUUUCUCUCGACCAUACCUGAGGUGUUUGUGCAAAGAAGAGGCGAAUUAUGUAAUGAGAGAGGUGCACGAGGGUAUCUGCGGAAACCACUCAGGGGCGCGGUCACUGGUGCAUAAACUGAUCCGUGCAGGGUACUACUGGCCUACAAUGAUGAAGGAUGCGCAGGCCUAUGUCCAAUCUUGCGACAAAUGCCAGAGGUUCAGCAAUUUCAUUAGGCAGCCGUCCGAAGAUCUGACACCUAUGACGGCACCUUGGCCGUUUGCGCAAUGGGGACUUGACAUUAUGGGCCCCCUUCCUACAGCAGUCAGGCAGUUAAAAUUCCUAGUCGUCGGCAUAGACUACUUUACCAAGUGGGUCGAGGCAGAAGCCUUAGCCACCAUCAUGGAGAAAAAUAUCCGAAGUUUUGUUGAGGUCACAAACCGAUCCCUACUCAAGAUAAUCAAGACCAGUCUUGAAGGAGCAAAAGGCAUAUGGCCAGACGAACUACCUAGUGUCCUAUGGGCAUACCGGACCACAGCAAGAACACCCACUGGAGAAACACCGUUCCAACUUGCGUAUGGGACAGAAGCUGUCAUUCCUGCAGAAGUGGGACUCACCAACUACCAGGUGGAAAGCUACGACGAAGAUGUGAACAAAGAAGCUAUGCGCCUCCAGCUUGAUCUACUGGACGAAGUCAGAACGAUGGCCGAGCAAAGGCUAGCACGCUAUCAGAAUCUCAUGGCAAGACAUCACAACAACAAAGUAAGGCAUAGGGACUUCAAGGUCGGGGACCUAGUACUACGGAAGGUAAUGGGUGCCGCCAGAGACUCCUCACAAGGAAAACUCGGCCCCAACUGGGAAGGACCCUACAGGAUUACGUCAUGGCUAAGGAAGGGCACCUACCACCUCGACACAUUGGAUGGACGAAAGCUACAGCACCCAUGGAACUCAGAGCAUCUUCGGAAAUACUACUAG